AUGGUUUCCCGGGCAGAAGAGCUGUUUUAUGAGGUUGACAAGCUUCGUGCUCAGCUGCUGUACAAUGUGGAGAGAAACACGGACUCUCAGAGUGUCGAAGAGGACGUAAGCCGCAGGGACAUUUUAAGCCGCAUUGAAAAUGUAAUCCUUGGAAUAGUGACAAGUCUGUCCAAAGAUGAGGCCCCAGUCCUGGCACUGCCCAACAGAUCCAGCUGGACCAACGUCAGUUUUGACAGUGCUGUUGGGCUUCAGAUGUGUUCAGGAAGUUCUGUCACCACCAUUAGAAGCAACAGUGCUUCGUCUGUCACUAAAUUUGCACAAAUUAUGAAGAUUCUGAUGGUCAUCUACAAACUUGUACAGAGCAACUCUUAUUCUACUAAAAGAGACAUCUAUUACAAUGAUACACAGUUGUUUGGUUCACAAAGGACUGUUGAUAGUAUUGUGGAUGAUGUGUCCUGCAUGCUCAAGGUUCCUCGAAGAUCUCUACACGUGUUGGCCACUUCCAAAGGCUUGAUCUGUGGUGAUCUGUGUUAUUUGGAGGAGGAUGGUACAAGGAUUGACUGCCACUCUAGCUCUGCAGCUGUUGCAGUUUCAUCAAACAUUGGUGGGAUUAAAAAUAUUGUGUCAUCUGCAAAGUUUGUUUUGAUAGUGGAGAAGGAUGCAACAUUUCAGAAACUACUGGAUGAAGACUUCUGCACUAAGCUCUCUCCCUGCAUCAUUAUUACAGGUAAAGGCGUGCCAGAUGUGAACAGCAGGCUGAUGGUGAGAAAGCUUUGGGACACUCUACAUGUCCCCAUCUUUGCCCUGGUGGAUGCUGACCCUCAUGGGAUUGAGAUCAUGUGUAUCUACAAGUACGGAUCAGUGUCCAUGUCGUUUGAGGCCCACAGCCUGACCGUCCCUAGCGUUAUGUGGCUAGGCCUCCUCCCCUCUGACCUCCGGAGGCUGCGGGUGCCUGAGGAUGCGCUGAUCCCUCUCACAAACAGGGAUGAAAAUAAGCUCAGUAGUCUCCUCCAAAGGCCGUACCUAACCAGCCAACCAGACUGGCAGAAGGAGAUGGAGCUGAUGCAGCAGAGUAAGGUCAAGGCUGAAAUCCAGUCCCUGGCAGCUAUUGGCCCUGAUUUCCUCACCAGCAUCUACCUGCCUAAUAAGCUGCGUUACGGAGGAUGGGUGUGAGUACAAUGCUGCCACCUAGUGGAAUAUCAGGAGAACUACUAAGGUUGGUUGCAAAACUGAAGAGAGGUGUCUGUAUAACUGUCCUGUCUGACCUUGUCUCACUGAGUGAAAUGUUUAGUUGGUUUGCAGUGUUUACAUUUUUCAAUAUUUACAAGCAUUUGUGUUUGCUACAUUGGUUUCAGACAUGUCUUAUCCUAUCACUACAACCCUGUGAUUUAAUUGAA